AUGCUCAGAAAGUUAAAAACCAAUGUCACAGGAAAUGUUACGAAAGACAUCAAAACUAUUAAAAAGACAAGGGCGGGGGACUUGCUCCUCGAAAUGGAUAACGAAGACAAUCUUCACGUUCUAAAGGAAGAACUAAAGAAGCAUGUGGGAGAGGCCGAGGUAAAGAGUCUGAGAGGAAAUAGUGCUGCGGUCCACGUCUACGACGUGGACGCGGUGACCACGGCGGAGGAACUAGUGGCUGUGGUGGAAAGUGUCACAGGACCUGGCACCAUUAUUGUCACCUCUAUGAGACCUAUGGCAGGGAGCAGGCAGGCGGCCACCCUAGAAAGCAGUGGGGAAAACGUAGAAAAACUACUAAGACAACAAAACAUCAGAAUUGGCUGGUCCUCCUGCAGAAUUCAAAAAAAAAUACCUAUUAAUAGGUGUUUUAACUGCGGCAGCAUAAGCCAUAUGGCUAAAGGCUGCAAAGAGAAGCCUAUGGGGGACAAAUGCAGAAGAUGCGGGGGAGGAGGCCAUAAGGGGGCAGACUACCUAGGAACGAAUACUGACGUGCAACAAAUUAAAGAAAAAAACCGGCAAGAACAGAUACAGAAAGCCGAAGAAGAUAGGCUUACGAAAGAAUGGAACUCAAAGAGAAGGAAGCCUGCAAGGACACCCCCAACAACUAAAUUAAAAAUCAACAAAGAUAACACAGAAUCAGACGACGGAGAUCGCCCAGAUAUGACAGAAAACUUCCAGUCAUGCUCCACUACACCGAAUACAUUACAGACGGGAACUGGAUCAGCCGGUUUCUUCGAAGAUAACGUCUUCGAAAGCCCAUUCUUUCAACUGACAGGAGGAGUACAGGUACAAACUGAGAUGACAGAGGAAGGGACAGAAAUCAUAGACCUCGACCCAAUAGUAGAUAAUAUAGAUAGAGGAGACAGAGGAGAAACAGAGGGAGAAGGACCCUCUAAAAAGAGAGAAAGGACAUCGGACAACCCGGACUUCUACGAAGAAGACGGAGAGAUGAUGCUCCUAAAUGUACUGAAUACAGGAGGAAAUAAAAGAAUAAAGAAGAUAGAUAGUGAGAACUACAAAGAUAAAGAAGGCGAGAACCAGGAGGAAGAAGAGGAAGAUGAGACGCCCUUACUCACACUGACAAAUCUAGAAGCGAUAGAAGAAAUCGCAAAAGCCAUGGCAAUACUGGUACAGGAAAACUCUAACACCAAGAGGGAGAUAAAAGAUAAAACAAAGGCUCUUGUACGGGCAGUUAAAAGACUUAGAGAGGAAGUGGACCAUUUUAAAUUUCCUAAUCAAAGAAAUAAAAAAGACAGCACAGAAGGGGGUCCAGACGAACACGAACAUGACAACAAUUGGUACACAGACGGAAACGGAAGAGGAAAGAAGGACUAUUAA